AUGGCUGCACCACCUUGGAGCAAGGCGCAGACCCACGAGCAAUUCUUCGUCCUCAUCACAGGCGCAAACAGUGGCAUCGGCUUCGGUACGGCAGAGCGCAUCAUUGACGAAUUCCUCGCCUCCCGCUCUCUUUCCUCCCACCUCAUCCUCAUCCCCACGACCCGCGACCUGCGCAAGUCCCGGGAGACGGUCGAGUCCCUUCGAACCCACCUCCACAAGACGGCGACGACCUCGAAAGCCCUCGCCGCCCGCGCCGGUCCCUCCUACAAGCCACAGGACACAAUCGACCGCGUCCACCUGCUCAGCGUGCAGCUCGACCUGCUCGACCUGCGGAGCCCCUAUGCCGUCGCCCGCCAGCUCGUGCACGGCACCGUCAGCGACCCCACCGACGCCGACAACACCCAGUACAAGGUGCCGCGCCUCGACGCCGUCAUCCUGAACGCCGGCAUCGGCGGCUUCAAGGGCGUCGACUGGUUCAAGCUGGCAUGGCGCUUCCUCACCCGCGGCAUCGUCUACAUGUGCUGCUUCCCCGACUACAAGAUUGCCAUCCCGGGUCUCUUGUCGCCCCAAAAGCCGGCUCACCCGGAUGAGCCCGCCCCUCCGCCCGUGGGCCAGGUCUUCUGCGCCAACGUCCUCGGUCACUACAUCCUGACACACGAGCUCAUGCCGCUCCUGAGCCGCGACGCCGCGACCGACGGCGACCUCCCCGCCGGCCGCAUCGCCUGGACGAGCAGCAUCGAGCCCGUCAGCGAGUCGCUCGACCUCGCCGACUUCCAGGGCAUCCGGAGCUUGGACCCCUACAGCAGCUCCAAGCGCAUCACCGACCUCCUCGCCCUGACCUGCCGGCUGCCGGCGGCGCAGCCCCACGCCGCGGGCUUCUUCCAGGUGUCCGCCGACGCCGCCGACGACGACUCGUCCCCCGAGACGAAUACGAAGACGAAGCGGGGCCCGAAAGCAACGGGGCCGGGCCCGAGGAAGACGCCGCCGUCCAUGCUCGUCACGCACCCGGGCAUCGUCCACAGCACCUUCUUCCCCGUGCCGGGCUUCCUCGUGUCCCUCUACUGGCUGGCCCUGCUGCUCGCGCGCUGGUGCGGCUCGCCCUGUUUCCCCGUCGACCGCUACCGCGGCGCCAAGGCGUCCGUGUGGGCCCGUGCUGCAGGACGACGACGAGCUCGCCGAGCUCGACGCCUGCGCCAUCAAGUGGGGGUCCGCCGCCGACGCCCGCGGCCGCACCUACGUCAAGAAGACCGAGGUCGAGGGCUGGGGCUGGGAGGGCCGCGUCGAGGACGACGAGGCCCUGCGCAAGGACCCGGCCGUCGGCGUGCUGCGCAAGCUGCGCGGCCGCCGCCCCACCGCCGUCGUGCUGACGAGGGAGGCGCGCGAGGCCUUUGA